AUGGCGGAAACAAUGCGGGCCGUCGAUAUCAAAGGGGGUAAAGGCUCAGCCUCAGACCUUUUUAUCAAUCCCUCCGUACCCAAACCCAAACCUUCGCCGACGGAUUGCCUCGUUCGCGUCAAAGCCUUCGGGCUUAACAGGGCCGACACGCUUCAACGUCGGGGCGCUUACCCGCCCCUCCCCGGCAUUACCAACAUCUUGGGCCUAGAAUUCAGCGGUGUUGUGGAGGAAGUUGGCUCUGAUGUGGAGAAAGGGCAUACCCCGCUGUGGAAAGCCGGUGACGAAGUGUUUGGCUUGCUAUAUGGCGGUGGCUACGCGGAGUAUGUGGUGGUUGAUAAAAGAAUGCUGAUCCAAAAGCCCAAAGAUUGGAGCUGGGACUACGCUGCGGGCCUGUGCGAAGUCUGGUUCACAGCCCUUCAAGCCCUCUAUCUCGUUGGCGAGUAUGAUCCUAGGCGUACGCGCUCUAUUCUCUGGCAUGCGGGCGCAUCGUCUGUGUCGAUUGCGGGAAUCCAGCUCUCCAGAAACGCACCGACCGAAACCAACUCAGCGCCAAAGGUAUUCGCGACGUCCCGCACGGAUGAAAAGUGUACAUUCUGCGUCGAAAGAUUGCGUUGCACUGGCGCCGUGAACACGAAUCAUCCAAAUUGGGUUGAAGAGCUCAAGAAGCAAAACGACGAUCGCGGCAUGGAUCUGGUUAUCGAUUUUGUCGGGGCUUCGUACUUCCAGUCGAAUCUCGACGUGCUUGCUCAGGACGGCCGGGUCGUCGUGCUAGGCCUUAUGGGCGGUUCAAUCCUCCCCGACAAAGUCAAUAUCGCUCCACUGUUGAGGAAAAGGGCGCGGGUCGAAGGAAGCACCCUCCGUUCAAGAGACGUGGAUUACCAGGCUCGAUUGAGAGGGCUAUUUGAGGAGAAGGUUAUGCCCGGUCUUUUGGAUGGAACGUACGAGCAUCACACGGAGAAAGUGUUCAACUGGCAAGACGUAGGGAUUGCGCACGAGAUGAUGGAGAGGAAUGAAACCAAGGGCAAGUUGGUGUGUUUGGUUGAUUGA